AAGUCAAAAAUGUCAACAUCGCCAUCUACAUCACCGGCUCGCAAAAACAGUUAUGAACAAGAUGAUGAUUUAUCAUUCUUGGAAAAGUUUCGAUACAUAAACGGACGUAGAUUUCAUAAUGAAGAAAGUACAGUAAAUUAUUACGUACCAAAUGAUUCAGAAGAAUCAAACAGAUUAAAUUUACAACACUAUUUAUUGCGUCAUAUUUGGAAAGGAAAUUUUUCUUCUCCUAUUUCAGAAAAAUUAUCGGAAAGAAAUGCAAGCGUAUUAGAUAUUGGUUGCUGUGCUGGAACUUGGGUUCUUGAUAUGGCACAAAAAUAUCCUCAAUCUUCUUUUAUCGGAAUUGAUAUUUCUCGAAUGUACCCUUCAUCGGAAAAAACCCCUUUAAAUGUAAUAUUUUUACAACAUAAUAUUUUAGAAGGUUUACCUUGGCCUCCUAACACAUUUGAUUUCGUAUAUAAAAGAUUUUUAUCUUUAUCGUUUACUUUAAAGGAUUUAACAAAAAUGAUUAAUGAAAUUACUCGUGUUACUAAAAUUGGUGGAUAUAUUGAAGUAAUGAAUUAUGGUAAUUCGAUGAAAAAUAGCGGAAAAGCUACAAAGAAAUUAAUGGAUGCAUUAAAAGAAUUUCAUGAAUCGAAAAGUAUUUUUGUAUUAAAUAUAAAAAAAAGUGUAAAGAUGUUAGAAGAUAACGGUAGUAUCACAAAUAUUCAAUAUGAAGAAAAAUUCACUCCAAUAGGAAAAUGGUGCGGUCAAACUGGUGAAAUAAUGUUAUCAAAUUUUAUGAGUGCAUUUAAUACAUAUAAAUUAUUUUUAGCGCCAUUUAUGAAUAUCACAAUUGAGCAAUUUGAUAUUUUAUUAAAUGAGAUGGAAAAAGAAUUUAAUGAUCAUCAAAGUUAUGUUCAUACUUAUCGUGUUUACGGAAAAAAAUCUUUUGAAAUUUGUGAUAUUUAAAAUUAGUUAGUAAAUAAAAAAUUUAUACAAUUUAUGUCAUUUUAUAUUUAACAAAGUUUAAUAUUUACACAAGUGAAAAAAAAUAUUUUGAAAAUAAAGACAGAUCGACCAGAUGUCACGCAAAUAUUAACUGUAACUUUA